AAGACCAGCUCCAACUGACGUAGAGCAAUCUUGGAUUACCUGAGCAAUAUCUGAUUACAAUUAGCCACAGGUACAGAGCAACACUGUGCAACAUUACAAAGAGCAUCAGGAUUAUUUACCUGGCCCUGGAAAAUGAGAAGGGACUACAGAGUAAUACCUGGGUUGACUUGGACAUGGCUGGCAUUGUGGGUUAUCCAGUCUCAGUUCCAUUUGGGUUCCUCGAUGAUAUUUUGGACCGCAUAUGUGGAGGUGCGCUACUUGAUCCCAGGGACUAACCAAACGACGAUCAAUGUGUGUGAGUGUGGAAGGUAUGGGUCAGAAUCACCUUUGAAACAGGCCUCUGGAUUUGUGGUGCUCCCAAAUUCAGAUUCAUUGGCCUGCCAACCGAAUACCACAUUCACCAUUAAGGAGGAGCCAUGGAUAGCUCUCAUCAAAAGAGGCAACUGUACCUAUGCUGAGAAAAUUCAAGUCGCGCAGCGAGAGGGAGCAUCGGCUGUAGUUAUUUACAACCCUGAUGGAACUGGAAAUGAGACAAACACAAUGUCUCAUGCAGGAACUGGAAACAUUGUGGCAAUCAUGAUCGGAAAUAUCCCGGGCAGAUACAUCACAGACCUGAUUGAGAGUGGGAUUGAAGUCUAUAUGAACAUAGCAGUGGCGAGCCGACAUGGGCCCUGGAACCCUUUUUGGAUUUACAUCAUGUCUUUCAUCUUCUUUGGUAUAACAGCCAUCAUUCUGGGCUACUUCAUGUUUGUAGUCAUUAGCCGGUUCUACCAAAACCGACAGCUUCGGAUCCAGCAGAGAAACCUUAAAAAAGUGGCCGAGAAAGCUGUUGCUAAAUUAGAGGUUCGGAUUCUUCGGCGAACUGAUCCGGAAGUAGAAGCAGAAGAGAGCAGCUGUGUUGUUUGCUUAGAUUCCUAUAUGAGGUGUGAUGUCGUGACAACUCUGCCUUGCAGCCAUCUUUUCCACAAAACAUGCAUUGAGCCAUGGUUACUGGAACACCACACCUGUCCAAUGUGUAAAUAUGACAUUCUAAUAGAAGAGGUUGUUGCAAAACCUGGUCAAGAAUCCCCCACACCACCACCAGAUGUCAGAUUUUAUCCAAGCUCUGUGUCAGGUUUACUGGUCAACUCACCAGGAAUGGUCACAUCUCCAGAGCAACGAGGAGAAGCCAGGCUAAGCUUAAACACCCAGACUGCUGAAACUUCCGAAGAGCAAAACAGCAGCAGAAUGGAUCACAGUUAUAUGAACCCAGCCUUUGAAGAGGAACAGCAGAACUCUGACCAUCAGGACCCUGACUGUCAGUGACAUCAAGUUUAGAAUUUUCUUGCAAUUUCGUAAAUUGAAGUGUAUUUUCUAUUCUCUAGAAUGACUCUAAAGGAUCGGUGUAUGUGUACCAGAUACAGAAAACAGAUCUCUUUAAACAAGUAGUAAUAAUAAUCAACCAUAUCAUCAUGGUUUGCUGAAUCAGAAUCUGAAUUAUAAGAAUUGUGAAAACUGAAAAUUCUGAAGAUCUUUAGAUAAGGGUGUUGCUAUAAAGGUCUUAAUUGAGAAAAAUAUGCAGAGUAAAGGUUAUUGAUUUUUAGUUCGAGACUAUGUGCUUAGUGGUCUAUCUUGCAAAAAAUAUUUUAUUUUUUCAGAGGAUCAAUAGAUUCUAAGAAUCUGCAAGUGAUUUGUAUAUGAUUAUGAACUGUGCAAUCAAAUAAUUUUCAUAGUUUUCCCCACAUACAAGAGUAUAAUCAUUAUCCAUACUUACUGUUGAUAUGUUCAUUGGCCGGUGACAUUAUAAGAAUGAAUAAAUACUUUUUUAAUGA